AUGUCUAUGCUUGCUACAGCAUCCCCUUCUCCUCACCCUUCAUCCUUCGGUAUGCAACGCCAAUGGGAAAACAACCGAUGUCCCGACUACUCACUUCGACCGCGGACCGAGAACGAUAAAGUUGCCCUUCCUUCCAUUCGACAGGCAUUUCCUGAAUUGCAACUUCAGACACAAUCGCCACAUGAUCUUCAUACAAAGCCACCUGGUACAGGGCCACUGGCCACAGCAUCUCCUCAAUAUGUACACUCCCCUAAUUCUACCAAGAGGAGGAGAUUAUCAAUGGAACGUGAAGUGGAGAAUGAAAGAGUCCGUCAAGUACCACGCCUUUGCUACAGUCCCGACCGAGCAUCACCCAGACAGAUCUCGCCCCAUCUAGCUAUGCAGGCAGGAGCACAGGAUAAUUGGACAGCUCCCACGAGAACAAGCCCGUAUCUGUCCAACGGAUCAAACCCCCACACAGGUCUAAUGGAAGUCAACGAGCGAAUAGAGUCACGACCAACAUUGCCCAGUCUUCCUCCGCCACGUUCAUUAGAACGAGAACCGAUGCCUGUGAGUCGUGGGCCAGCACCUGCAGAAGGAUUCCGACCUUCGCAGCAACCAAUGCCACACUCACGGACCCCCAUUACUGAAUCCAGAGCCUCGCCUUACCGUGAGCCCGGCUACGGAUACCAUUAUCACCACCCUGCACGAUACCAGUCGCUUUCCACAGGAUCGGCUCACUCCUUUGAUCGUACGCCAUUUACUCCAGGUGCAUACAACACGCCUUACCAAGACUUUGUGCGAUUUGGGGAAAUGGGCCCUGCCAGCUUGAGCGGUGACAACAAGCAACGAAAGCGAAGGGGUAACCUACCGAAAGAAACCACAGACAAACUCAGGGCAUGGUUUGUGGCACAUUUACAGCACCCAUAUCCCACCGAAGAUGAGAAACAAGACCUCAUGCGACAGACAGGCCUGCAGAUGAAUCAAAUUUCCAACUGGUUCAUCAAUGCACGGCGCCGUCAGUUGCCGACCAUGAUCAACAAUGCUCGCGCUGAAACAGAUGCCAUGACAGGUGCUCGAGUUGGUGACAUGAAAGUCCUUGUCACAACAGAACGGGGCGACUAUGACCACAGCAAGCGAGAGCCCGUCGGACCUCUAAGUGACGGGGAGGGCGCCACCUACGACGAAGAGCUUGAGGCGCUGAGCCAGCAAAGGCCUGGCACUAUGGGCAGGGGCAGUGUCUAA